CAUCCAGAUCACACGACACGCGACACACACCUGAGCAACAUCGCAUCACAGCCAGUAAUGUCCAGCUGGUUGAAGGAUGGGGUGGUGUUGGAGGGGACGGGCAGUGGUCAGAUGUCGCCCCGCUCCAGACUGCGGAGCCCCUUGCCGAGUCGGACGGCGAGGUUACAUUCAUCCAACGAUGCGACCUCUCCUGACUCAGACAGACAGGACAGAAUGAGCAAAGCUAAAGAGCUCUUUGAGGACUGUGAUAAAGAGGGGAAAGGAUUCAUCACGAAGAGAGACAUGCAGCGGCUUCAGCAAGAGCUUCCUCUGUCUCCUGAGCAGCUGGAAUCAGUGUUUGAGAGUUUGGACAGAGACAGAAAUGGUUACCUCACACCCCUCGAGUUCCACACGGGCCUAGGAGAGCUUGUUGGUUCUGGGCCAGAGGAGAGAGCGAGGAGCAGAGAGGGAGAGAUGAUUGGAGAGGAGAGAGUAGAGCCGACGGAGAUCCGAUUCACACACAUCCUCAUGGAGCUGGGAGCUGAUAAACUCUUCAAAGAUCAGUGGGAGCUGUGUACUCUGUGGUGUGAGCUCCAGAGGGACAAACCUGAGCUGUUGGAUGUCUUGGAGGAGGUUCUUUCCUACACUGUGUCUCAUUUUCAGGACGCACUCAAAGAGAAAGACAAUUUAGAACAGGCACUGCGCAGGAGAGAGGAAGAUCAUGACAGAGUGGUUCGGUCCAUGUAUGAAGACAUGGAGAGUCAGUUAAAAGAAGAGAGAGAGAAACGACAAGCUCUGGACAGCAUGAAGCAAGGAGUCAAGAAAGAGCAGCUACUGCAGGAGCUGAGUAUGCGAGAACAAGAACUUGAGUUCACGCUCACCAAACAGAGAGAGUUGGAGAACAGGAUCAGCACUCUGAGCAGUGAUCAAACUGACACUCGAGGGGAGAACCGCAGACUGCAGAACAUCAACCAGCAGCUGCAGGAUCAACUGGAGCAGAGCCGAGAGGAGCUUCAGCACGCUCUGAGCCAACUACAGCAACUACAGAACACCAUCAAACAACAGCAGAGGGGCAAAGAGAGAGAAGUCUUGAAAGUGUCCCGAAACAUGCAGAAGGAACGAGAAAGCCUCAUGAGACAGCUGGAUCUUCUCAGAGACAUGAACAAGCGUCUUCGGGAUGAUAAAGAUGCCCAACAGACACAGAAGAUGGUUAGUCAAAAAUACCCCUUCAUGUCUCCCCCUCCUUACCCACCGUGCCGCUGUGUUCAUGCCUUCUUGCCGAGGGUGCGCUCUGUUUACCCGUAUUAACCCUGCCCUUUGCCCAUAUAACAUUACCCACAAUGUAUACAGCUAUAUGUGAACGGCUACAUUCAUCUGGAUGUAUUUCUGUGAGUUUCCAUGAGCCCAUGUUUCUUCAGGUGUGCCAGCCACACCAUCUUCUGGAAUAUUCACAUUUUCCAGGUGCAGCUCCGGUUAGAUUAUUCUCAAGAGAGCUUGUUCCAUUCGUCAGCCUCGAAGAGGAACAACUAAUGACUUGAAGGAAAGCUUGAACUCAACGAAGAUCUUGUGUGAAACAUUCGAAACAGUGAAUAUGGAAUUUAGCCCUGUUCUCCAAUCAAAUGGGUCACAUUUGGAGAAAGACUGUUCCUUGUUCGGUCUGUUACAGAAACAAGUGUGAUUCCAAAAUAAUGGUAAUUACUGUCUGAGAAGAGCCUUAAUCACUUAAUGCCCCUCGUUUUUUAUAAAGAAAGUCAGUCAAAAAAUAAGAAAAAUAUGAUAAAUAGAAUAUGGCCCUUUACCUCAUCAACUCUGAUUUCAUACAUUUGAAUUUUUUUGGUAUUUGUAAUUAAGUAGUUUCUUUUGAAAUGAGCAGUUCUGUCCAAUGACAGUUUAUUUGUUUGGUCUCUGAUUGACGCAUCAAGAACAAAAUGUAGAUUGGGUUCAGAUUUAAAGUUGAACAAAUGGAUAUGUUGUUAAAUAAAAGUGUUUGUUCAUCUUGA